GGUGCCCGAAACAAGUGAAGUAAAACAAGUUUUCGAUGGAGAAAUGUAUGUCAAAAUUAUAGUCAGUCGCUCUGAAAAGGUCUUUGUGUUUGGACAAUAUUCGCAAAUUUCUCGGUGAAAAAAUUUCAACGCGUUGCUGUGUUUUUCUCGUUGUACACUCACGUUCAGCUUGAGUUUGAUAUAAUUAAUUGAUUGCAAAACAAAGUGAGUGCGCGAAGACUACUAGCAGUGAAAUUGUGAUUAAAAUUUAGCAAACAACAAUUAACGUGGAAAGCAUAUAAAGUAAAUUCGCUAUUGCAGAUUGUUGCUAAUUAAAUAUGAAAAUUGUUCGGUAAUUUUGCGAAAUAUGCUAGUGUAAAUACAUAAGAUAUAAAAGUAAAGCUAAGGUGGAGUUCAUCAUAAUAAAUUUCUUAAAUAUUUGUGAACGGUGAUUUUGUGAAGUAGUUUGUGUGUGAUUAUCGCAAAAAAGAGAGCCAUAAAGAGCAUAAAAGUUUGACAACGGCCAAAAACGACCAUCAACGAAUUCUCAGCAGAAAAUAAACAAAACAAACGGUUAUUGAUAUUCAAGAAAAUACCAAAAUAUUAAUAACCAAAAGGUGCGUAACUAAAUGCUUCUCUCAGCGAUCACUGCUUGUUGAUUGGAUUAUACAAUAUUUUUCAGUAACUCUAGUACAAAUAUAAAGAUAAACAAAGUAAGUUUGCCUUUUGAAACAUAAUAAAUCGCCUAACUUGAAGGUAAAGAGGUGAAGUCAAAAAUGGAGCACCCACUGUACUUGACAGUGCGGUAAACAUCGCCUUAUUUGUACGAUCCAUUUGAACAAAGACAAAUCAACAACAACAAAGGCGCUUCCAACGAAACAAAUUGCGAAAGUCGUAACCUCGCAUAGCUUUAGUCCCUCAGAAAGCAGCUAUCGCACACCUGGACAUGGAACGGAGGAGCAAACAAAUAUCGAAAUAGACCAAGAACGCACCCAACUCAUAAAAGAAUAGCAGCGACAGCAAUAACAAAGGCGAAGAUCGAAUUUUAUACGCUUUCUUCUGUGAUCACGCCUCAGUACUCCUGUUUUGUAGACUGUCAAUGCAACUCUGUGCAUAAAUAUCAGUUGCUUUUUUCCGAAUAGCCACGUUUAAACGAAUAACAAACAACAACAACAACAGCCAUAACUUCAAUCGGUAAGUCGGAACGAACGAGAAGCUAUCUCUAUAUAGCAGCAAUAUCCUGCGCCCAACACACGCACAAUGAAAAACGACGUCGUACGAUGGAGUUCAGUGGUAAAUGCACAGAGCGCCCGUGAGAGCACGCCAAACAAAAGCAAACCUUUUCCAUCACUAAACGCCACGCGUGCGCAUCCAAGCGCCGUGACUGCGCAUGCGACGUCCAAUAGUGGGCACCUUCAACUCCAAAAGCAACAGCAAUAUUGUGAUACUAAUGCAAGUUUUCUUAAUGCAACAAAACCAAUAACAACAAUAACAACAAGUAGUUAUUUAAUAAUUCCACGACAGCAUAGCAAACGUAAAUCCGAACUCGCUUCGUCAUCCAACACACUGAGUAGACAUUUUCAAUCACAACAACAGCAAAUAGAAAGAAACAGUCCACAUCACCGCCGGCAGCACGAAGUGAAAGCGCGGACAUUUGCUGCAUUGCAUUUAAAUAGGAUUUUAUUAAAUUGUGUGCAAUUGAAUGUGUUUUUAGUGUUUUUGUUGUGUACUUUGAAUUUCGGUUUCGUGAUUGUGCCGAGCGUCAGUGCCGCCAUCGUAAGCAACACGAGUGUGUUGCUUGUGGGUGGUGCGGUGAAUGCGCUCGAUGACGGUGCGACAUACCUGCUGGACUACGCGGAGGAAGGAGACAGCAAGGGCGCGGCGGGGCAUUAUACCCACACAUGGGCGGUGCAUAUACCAAGCGGUGAUGACGGCGUGGCUGAUCAAGUGGCCCGGGAUCACGGUUUCGUCAAUAUGGGCAAGAUUUUCGAAAAUCAUUACCAUUUCGCUCAUCAUAAAGUCUCUAAGCGUUCACUGACACCUUCGCAGUUGCAUCAAACACGCCUUGACGAGGAUUACAGAGUACAAUGGGCUAGGCAACAGCAGGCAAAGUCGCGUCAGAAGCGUGACUACAUACGUAUGCGCCCGUCAAGGACAUCGUCACGUGCACUCUCACAGGUGGAUACAGUUCCUCUUAAUGACCCAAAAUGGGCGCAAAUGUGGUAUUUGAAUCGCGGUGGCGGCUUGGAUAUGAAUGUAGUACCGGCUUGGCAGGCUGGUAUCACCGGCAAGGGUAUCGUGGUGACAAUACUUGACGACGGUCUGGAAUCGGACCAUCCAGAUAUCGAGCACAACUAUGACCCUGAUGCGUCGUAUGACGUCAACAGCCACGAUAACGAUCCAAUGCCGCAUUAUGAUAUGACCGAUUCAAAUCGGCAUGGUACGCGUUGCGCUGGUGAAGUGGCCGCCACCGCCAAUAACUCAAUCUGUGCGGUUGGUAUUGCAUUUGGUGCCAGUGUUGGCGGUGUCCGAAUGUUGGAUGGCGAUGUGACGGACGCCGUCGAGGCGCGUUCCCUAUCACUCAAUCCGCAACACAUCGACAUUUAUAGCGCGUCGUGGGGUCCCGACGAUGAUGGUAAAACUGUUGAUGGUCCUGGGGAAUUGGCGCAGCGCGCCUUCAUUGAAGGUGUAACCAAAGGGCGUCAAGGCAAGGGUAGCAUAUUUAUUUGGGCUUCGGGCAAUGGCGGUCGUGAGUUUGACAAUUGUAAUUGUGACGGCUAUACAAACUCCAUUUGGACACUGUCAAUAUCUAGUGCCACCGAAGAGGGUCACGUACCCUGGUAUUCGGAGAAAUGCAGUUCCACAUUGGCGACCACUUACAGUAGUGGCGGACAGAGUGAGAAGCAGGUGGUGACGACAGACUUGCAUCAUUCGUGUACGGUAUCACAUACGGGUACCUCAGCAUCGGCGCCGCUGGCUGCCGGCAUAGCAGCACUAGUGCUCGAAUCGAACACGAAUUUGACGUGGCGUGAUUUACAACAUAUUGUGGUGCGUACUGCAAAGCCGGCCAACUUGCGAGAUCCAACAUGGUCGAGAAAUGGCGUCGGUCGCCGCAUUAGCCAUUCGUUCGGCUAUGGUCUCAUGGAUGCGGCAGCGAUGGUGCAAGUGGCACGUAAAUGGAAAACGGUGCCAGAACAACAGCGUUGCGAAAUUAACGCGCCGCAUGUGGACAAAGUCAUUCCGCCCAGAAGUUAUAUCACAUUACAGUUAACUGUAAAGCACUGCUCAUCCGUCAAUUACCUGGAGCAUGUACAAGCAAAAAUUACACUGACAUCACAACGUCGCGGGGACAUUCAGUUGAACCUCAAGUCACCAGCAGGCACCAAAGUUACUUUAUUAACAUCACGUAUUCAUGAUGUUUCUCGUUCCGGUUUUAAUCAAUGGCCCUUCAUGUCCGUCCAUACUUGGGGAGAGUCGCCACAUGGCGAUUGGCAGUUAGAAAUACACAACGAGGGUCGCUAUAUGGCGCAAAUCACACAAUGGGACUUGAUUUUCUAUGGCACUGAAACACCCGCCCAACCGGAGGACGCGGUCCAUAUUAGUGACGGUCUAUUUGGCAAUGAUAUGGCCCACAACGACAUCGAGUACGAUGCCAAUUUGCAAUGGCGAAAUAUGCAACAGGUGGGUGAAUCGAGUGUGAUGGCCAACGAUAAGACGAAUGCGUCGUGCCUGAAGGCGACAUCCGACCAAAGAUGUUUAGAAUGUGUCACGUCCACAUAUUAUUACAAUGGCCACUGCUACGAACAAUGUCCCAUACACACUUAUGCCAUUCUCAGCGACAGCACGACGGCCAACGGAACGGCGACACUUAGCGACAACAUCAUAUACAGGACGAGUAUAACCGACGACGAUGAAUUACAAUCGAUCGAUCGCAGACGAGAAGCUGUGCGCUUAUAUGCCGACACGAGUGAACCUUUGGAACCGAUACAUUUGCGGCGCUGCGACAAAUGCGACAACAGCUGUCAGCGCUGCUAUGGACCACUAAAUUCGCAAUGCAGCACCUGUCCGCCUGGCAGCCAAUUGCGUAAAAUACCACACACAAAUGAAACAUUUUGCUACAUCUUUGCGGAACGUAGUUCGGGUAAUAGACUCGAUUACGUCUUCAGUGCCAAAGUCGAAACGAUUGACAGCGUAGAGCACGAUAAAGCUAUGAAUCCGACGAGCAUCGUAUACCUGACGCUAAUCUUGGUGCCAGCAUUGCUCAUCAUUCUCGUCGUUAUGUUUGUUUCGGCAGCACGCCGGAAUAAUUUACGCAUACAGUUCUGGCGAAACGGUAGCACAACCGGAAAUAUGAUCACACUACCGAAUAUCGGCUAUGAUCGUGUAGCACUGCUGACCGAAGGCGAAGAAGAUGGUGACGAAGCUGAUGAUGAGGAGGAGCAGGACAUACACGGUACAAUGCGUGUCUAUCGAGAUGAGCUGACACCUUGCGUGGGCGCUGAGACGACAGUCGAAAUCGAUUUGGCCCCGACAAUUAUUGAAGCCGUAGAAAUAAGCGACUCAGAGAUUGAACUUUUUGAUUCAACGCAGUGUUAUUAGUUAUAGCUUAUGGAAUAGAGUUUCUUUUGUGCAGAGUUGGUGUUAUUGUCGCUCUUUUUUAAUUUAUAUUUUAUUUCUCUGUAAUAAAUUAAGUCAUAUUAUUGUUGUUUUAGGUAGGGUUUAUGGUAAUACUAGUAGAGUAGUACUUUUUUCUUUAUAAUUGUCAAUGCGCUUCAAUCUACUAAUGAAAUUUAAAUACGAACAAAAGAUUACAAUAAAAGAGACGAGUACGGUCUUCAAGAGCUCCUAAA